GUGCGGGGCGGGGCUGCCGGGAGUCGGGUGCCGCCGGUUACACUUCUGAGUGCCUUUCAGGAAGCCACAGGGCAGGGGGCGUCUGUGCGGAGGAGCCGGGGGAGGGAGGGAGCCUCAGGCAGGUCCAGCCUAUGAACCAGCCCAGUGACAUAUAUAGAAGCAUACAUCAGGCCAGAGAUGCUGCGCCCGGUCGCACACAUGUGUGCAGACCCACAGGCAUGUCUGUGUGCUGCUGUGUGGGCACCUGUCGUGUGAGUGGCUCCGGGCGUGGCUGCUCCUCGGACGUUCAGUUUCUGUAAGAUUUAUCUCUAGGGGCCUACCUUCCCCCGUCUCCAGAGGGGAACGUAAGAAGUUUAACGAAGCAGGGACUGAGCAGAUUAAGGGAGCGCAGCAGAGGCUGGGCCGGAGAGGGUAGGGACUGCGGGUGCUGGGGAGUAGGGAACCACCUAUUUGCCCCUCUCCCGGCCAGAAAGCCGGUUUGGAAAGACUGUCGCGACAAAGGUGGCUCUGAAAUGUCUACAGAGCCCGAGAAGUGAUGAUCACUGAGUGAGUGGCACUGGGCUGAGACUGGCCAAUUUGUUGACAAGAGGGAUGCUAGCACUUAGGAAGGCAAGGAGGAAACUCAGAAUGGGGACCAUCUGCUCCCCCAACCCCAGCGGGACAAAGACAUCAUCGGAGGUCUGCAAUGCCGACUGGAUGGCCUCGCUGCCCCCUCACCUCCACAACCUCCCCCUUUCCAAUCUGGCAAUCCCAGGCUCCCACGAUUCGUUCAGCUACUGGGUAGACGAAAAGUCCCCAGUGGGGCCUGACCAAACUCAGGCUAUCAAACGCCUCGCCAGGAUCUCUUUGGUGAAGAAGCUAAUGAAGAAGUGGUCUGUGACUCAGAACCUGACAUUCCGGGAACAGCUAGAAGCUGGGAUCCGCUAUUUUGACCUCCGUGUGUCUUCCAAACCAGGGGAUGCCGAUCAGGAGAUCUACUUCAUCCACGGGCUUUUCGGCAUUAAGGUCUGGGAUGGGCUGAUGGAGAUCGACUCAUUUCUUACACAGCACCCCCGAGAGAUUGUCUUCUUGGAUUUUAACCACUUCUAUGCCAUGGACGAGGCCCAUCACAAAUGCCUGAUUCUCCGGAUCCAGCAGGCCUUUGGAAGCAAGCUGUGUCCAACCUGCAGUGUGGAAAGUAUGACGCUGAAAAACCUAUGGGAGAAGAAGUGCCAGGUUCUUAUUUUCUACCACUGUCCCUUCUACAAGCAAUAUCCCUUCCUGUGGCCAGGAAAGAAGAUCCCAGCACCCUGGGCAAAUACCACAAGCGUGCACAAACUAAUCCUCUUCUUGGAGACCACUCUGAGUGAGCGGGCCCCACGCGGCUCCUUCCACGUCUCCCAAGCGAUUCUCACCCCCAGAGUGAAGACCAUCGCCCGGGGCCUGGUGGGCGGUCUCAAGAACACUCUGGUUCAUAGGAAUCUUCCUGCCAUCCUGGACUGGGUGAAAACUCAGAAGCCCGGAGCCAUGGGUGUCAACAUCAUCACGUCUGACUUCGUUGACCUGGUGGACUUUGCCACGACUGUCAUCGAGUUGAAUGACCUCUUACAGGAGGACAAAGCUCUGGCUAAAUGCUGAUUUAAUUUUUUAUUUAACUUAAUGUUGAAUUUGUUGAUCCAGGGUAGAGUUCUGAAGGGUUUCCUGUUAGGAUGGCCCCUGGGCAGUGAUGGAGAAGUAAGAGGAGGAUGGCAUUUUUCUUUUCCUUCCUCACAGGGCCAUUUGGAUAAAAUUACAGGGCUUUUAAUUGCAUUUUUCCCAAAUGAGACUUUUAAAAAACUUAAGUCCAAGGGAAGAAAGCAUCUUUCUUGUGAGCAAGGUUGGGACCUCCCCAAUGGCUUCUGGUGGUGAAUGGAAUACGGAAAGGGUCUGCAAGUUCCACUGGGGUAUUGAGUGUCCUCUAACUCACCCAGUUCCCUAUUGUCUUCCAGGGUUUUGUUUUUGAGCCAGUGGAAAGGUUGAACCAGAAAGGAAUUCCUGGUCAACAGAAUGGCUCAUUACAGGUGUAGACUGCCCUCUGGGGUGGCUCUAACACCAACCUGGGGCUGUGAGCAGGAAAGGAGCCAAGCACCAGUUCUGUCUAGGAUUGUUGAAUGUCGCCAUUUCUUCGUGAGAGAGUAGGACUUAUCACCAAGCUGUUUCAACCACAGCUGUUCUUGAAUAGCUUGUGCUGGUAACUGGUCACCUUCAUUUUUCAGAUAAACAGUGCAUACUGCCCUUGGUAUCAGAAAUUAUGUUUCCCAGUUUUAGAAUACCAAUUCCUUCCUCUUUCUUUUGGCCCUUUUCUAAAAGCGAAAGGAGCAAUGAUGGGAGAUCUUUUCAGCGUGGGGCCCAACAAGAGGUAGACAUGCAUGUUGUUGCAUGCCAGACUUCUUUGAUUUAAUUCUGUAGCUUUUUCCAAAAUGGCUGCCAGGUAAGUACCUGCAUCAUUUUGGGAAAGUCCUCUUUGGAGUGCAGUCUUCAAGCCAGAUCUUGAAAUUGCAUUUCAUUGUUGUCUGCCUAGGACUUGGAUUUGUGCUGUGUGGGACACAAUACUAAGUGGAAGGCAACUUGGUGGUACCAAGGAGGCAGACGCAGGAUGCGUGGGAAAGUGCAAUGGCAUUAAAGGAGGGCGCUCCAAGUGGGUUUGGAGCCAUUCUGUAACUCCUUGAAAACAAGACUACCUCGAGGACAUUUAGGAUGACUUGUGUGUCAUCAAGGGAGAAAUACCCACUGUUGGAACAUUUCCAGUCCUUGUCUCAAUUGUUCUACUUUCUGCAGGUUGUUUUGAGCCUACAAAUCACUACUGCAUGAGGGCUCUGAAACUCAAGAGGGUUUUGUUUUUAAUAGAUAAGAGAUGCUUAUCUAUAAAGAGCCCUCUUGUGAUUUGAUUGAUUGACUUAUUUAUUAAUUUAUGUAUUUAUUUAUAGAUUAACUAUCUGCAGUGCUUCUUACUUCAAGAGCACUCACACAGGAGCUUACUGAACUUUUGUCACCCAGGACAGAUGCUGCUAUGGUCUUCCUCCCCUCAACAGGACUGCGCAUCUCAGGGCUGUGAGUGACCUCUGACUCUGCUGUAGAUGUCAUGGCCCCAGUUCUGCUGGGGACAGUGUAUAUGUGUGCACACAGCCCAGAUCUGAGGAGUCACUACCAAGCCACGCCCUGGGACAGAAGAUGAAAUGAGUCAUGAAGAACUCUUAGCUCUUAGGUAGACCCUCCUGAAGAGUGCUUGAAAAGGAAGGAGCUAGAAAGAAAACUAGGCAUGAGAGUGUGUGCACUUUGCUGCUCCUCAGCACUAUCUGAGGAUCCCUAAGGAAGUGUCAGCUUCUGGAUUCUUAAGGAAGAAAUCUAAACACGAAUCCAGAAUGGAUGUCUGCAUUUAUAAAGAUUGACUCUUCUCAGCAGUUUCCCAUUUCUAUCUUUUGAUGCUCAUAGAUGAAUUUUGCAUGUUACCCACAGAGAGGGGUGUCUUAGGUGAGCUAUUAAAAGCACAUACACACCCCCAACUCUUGGUCUUCCAGCCUUUACUUUCUGUAAUGUAAUUUAAACCCUGACUUUUAGCUUUUACAAGCUUGAGGAGGUCACAACACAAAUGACUCUGGGAAAAUCUGGUUGAACUUUCCCUUGUCUUGCAUCUGAACCCCUCCCCAUAGAGAUUUCUGGGAUGGUACUGUGGAAUUCUGUAGGGUCUUCUCUGGAUAGAAGGAAGAAAGGGCAUCCUCUUACUCUCUUAACUUGCCCUCAAUUCUGGUGUUAAACCCUAGUGGCAAAGCUCUGAAAUCCCCAGUCUACCCUCAGGAUUUUAUUUUUGUUGUUAUUGUUUCAUCUUGCUUUUGUUUUUAAAUCUUAAUCAAUUACUAGGGACUAGAUCACUUCCCUUCUUUUAACCCUUUGUUAUCAAUAUUUGACAAAGAGAUAAGGAGGCAAGAGGAGAACUAUUCUGCUCUGUUUUAUUUGAGCCUCAGCUUUUGUCUGGGUGCUUGGUGCUAUGAGGCCAGGUGCAUUGACAAGUUACCUACACGGGAUGCCAGUAACACCCAAGGGCUGCUGACUGUUCCGUGAAAUGUUUACUUGAUUUUCUCCAUUGGUUUUUAAAUAGAUAGUUGCACUUCACUUGGGUUCUAACAUUUAACAUAUAAGUGCACCUCAGUGUUUGCAUGAUAAAAGUCAUCAAGCAUGUCACAGAAACACAGAAGACUGCACCGAGCUUGCAUGCAUGGGAUCCUGCUCUGCCUGGUGGGUGCAGGUGUCCACUUCUUUGCGCUGCUAGGGUUGCCAGACUUGCUUCCCUUUUGAAAGUCUGCACUGGAGUUCUGGGAAGUAGAAGGAGGAUUAUUUUCAAUUUUCCCUCAAUAACACCCUCAAAUUGGCAGAAUCUCUGUCUCAAGAAAAAAUUGCUUAACAUAUUGUAAAGGGUGUGUGCCUUCUGCUCCUUGAUUUCAGGGCCAGACAGCAGAACUCAGACACAUGGGACAGAUGGAAAAUAGACGUUAGGGCAAUGACUCAUUAUGCAACUGCCAACAAUAUAAAUGGUGACCCAACCACAUUCCUUGUUCUCACAAGUUCUAGAGAAUUUUCAGAGCAAAACAAGGCUCUCGCUUACUUAGAAUUAACUUCAAGAUCAGCUAAGAAGCUGCUUGACUGAGCCAAAAAGGACUUUAGUUUAACAGAAUUGAAGUCAUAUUUAUUCCAAAUGUAACUGAGUUUUUCAUGAGCUCCCUGGACCAUUUCGCACAGGGCCACAUUUCCAUGGCUUUGUGGCAAAGGGGACCAUCCCAGGUUUCAGCUAGGUUAGAGCAGAGCUUACAGUCUGGAACUUUGAGUCUAUUAGAGCUUCUACUGUGGUUCAUGAGUAUAGAAGAUAUUCUUAGGAUUGGAGAGAAAGGUCAAGAUGGACUUGAUGGAAGGAAUUGAAGUUACUGAAGAUUAAAUUUUAAGUUCAUGGCAGAUCUCUAAGAAGGUCAUGCCAAUUUUUUUUUAUAUUUGCUGUUUUAGACUUGAUAGUAAUUAAGUUUAGUAAUUUUCUUUAGAGCUAAAUGCAGACUCUAGAAUUCUUGAGAACAAUUAAGCCCCAGUCCAAACCCGGGAUUUUAUAUAAACUUAAAGAAAAGCACAAGAUCUGAGCCCAGGUAAUAAUAGAUCUUAAGAAUCUUCUUUCAAGACUUCAUAUUCAAAUAAAAAAAACUAACGUUUCUACUCCAGAAGACAAUGUAAUGGUGCAUUCCAGAAUUAAAUGAAGUUUUGUGAUGUGUCAGGAUUUUUCUCUCUCUAGUUUUUGGAAUCUGGUCAUCAGAAAGUGCUCCCCAAGGAAGUAUUAUUACAAUCCAGCUAGAAGGUUUAGCAAAGAGCUAAAGACGAAGCAACAGAAGAAAUCUGGACUGAAAUGAAACUACUUCUUUUUCCCUGGAAGCAAAGAGUUUACAUGAAAUCAGACCAUCUUACAGUUUUAGUUCAUGCCACAGCUAAAGUUUUUGUAAUGUUCUUUAUUUGGCUGACUGCAGGUUUUUACUGUUAAGUUCUGGGAAACAGUGUGGAGCUAAUGAACACAGCCAUGAGACUCCCCUUUCGUAUCUGAGCAAGUGAUCCUGUGCUACAUCUUUCCUGGUUCUCUCAUCUGUAAUAAAGAUGCUGUCUGCUACUUCAGUGCUGAGUGUUUUGCAAACCUUGGUUGACUAUCUUUCCAAAAUAUAAGGUCCCUAAUGUUUAGAUUAAAUGUCUUAUGCUCAGGGGAGGUGCAAUUGUGGUAUUCUUCCUUCUGUGGCAUGUGUGGAGAAUGCUACUUGGGUUUAUUUUCCAAAAGUGUGGUGUAGGAUGGAAGAACUUGUCCAGGAAUGGCACCUUUGAUGAUCUAUAAAAUGAAAUGUGUAGCGUUCAAAGAAAUCUUCCAAUGUAUGUGUGGGCUUCUGAGAGGUGGACUUUCCCAAUACACACUAAACAAUCUUGUUAGGCCAAGAGGAAACGUAUUAGAAAUUUGAUAGCAUCAAACAUCCAGACUGACCAGAAGUUUGUUUUGUAUGGCAUGGAACAUGAUUGUCCCUCUAAGUUCCACCAACUGUCUGGUACAUGUUGGCCCUCCGCCUCGGCCUGCUCCCUGGUAUUAGCCACCAUAGCUUUGUCACUCACACACAUUGCUUUGGGACACACAGGAGUGAACUGAUUGGGUGGUAAGUGUUUAGCUAGAAACUUUACCCUUAAUUCCAGAUGAUACUGAACAGCUCCUUCCUGCCCCAAGAGAUCCACUAUCUCUUUAGUGUCUGAAUCCCCCAGCUUCCUGGAAUACAGACUAUUCCACUAGAAACAGUGACACCAAUGGUACUAUAUCUCUGAACUGGCCCUAACCCAGAAGAAUGCCAUACAAAAUGCUAUUGAUUUUCUUAAAAUAGCACAGUCUUAGACACUAUAAAAAUAUUCUAAGAUAACUCUGUCCUGCAGCGGAUAUAGUAUUCAAGUAUCUCUUCCAACAAAACCUCUUCUUGGGACUUUCAAACUCAUUUCUAAGCCAAAUAGCUUAGAUAAAAUAUUUCCCUUCUUUUCUCUGGGAAUGCAAUCUCACAGUCUACGGGGGCAGCCCCAUCAAUAGUCUGGAGGCAUUUUCUAAGUCAUUCCUUCUGAUCUCCUUCAUAGGUUACCACUUUCUCCUCUGGUCUUCUGAACUUUUUCCAUCAUCUGCUGAUUACUGUUAAUCACAGGAUGCUGGCAAAUUACAGUGGAAGGCACAUGUAUGCAGUGCUGUCCAACAGACUCUUACUAUAGUGGUCAUUGCUCCUUACUCUUCUCAAAUGCAUUAUUCUGCCCGCACCCCCCCCCACACACACACACACACAAUCAUUAGAACUAUACCUGAUUGGAGCCCAGAAUUUGGGACCAAUACUUAAUUCAAGCAGCAGGGGCUUGCUCACAAGCUCUGAGCCCAACACGAAGCACAGCACUUUGAAAAGUCAAAUAGGCCUUUGGUAGCUUUGUACAUUUGCAAUUUUACAUUUGUUAUUAGCUUACAGCACUAAUAACACUUCAGUUGUGAAUCUAUAGUAACAAUAUGAUAAAUCUUAGAACAUAUUCUAGAAAUAGUGGUACCUUGCUGCUAUUAUACUUACUAAUUUAUACCCCAGUAUUAAUAAGUAUUAAAUACAGAUUGUGUAUGCAUUAUUUAUAUUGUGUACAUGCCAACUGUAAUACUUAACCUUACUGAUCAGCAAUUAGAAAAUACAGAAAUUAUUAUAGUGAAAAUAAGUCUUGGUCAAUUCAGAUGACAUGUGAAUCUGAUAAAUGCUCAAUAGGUAUUGUAUUUUGUCCUCUAUUGCUUGCUUUACACUGUAGUGCAUGCUGUUUGCUAAGUUAAGUAAAAAUAAUAAUAACAAAUUAUACCAAUUUUAAUGUUAGGAUUAGAAUUUUGCAUAUAUGCUGCUUGAUACUCUGAAAUGUAUUUUGUGGCUUAAUUAUCUCAUUCACACACAUUUCACUUGGCAUUUUUCCCCUAGGAAGUAAUUGUUCAAUUAUCUCUCUCAUCUUCUUUCUUGUAACCUUGAUUAAACUACUUACUUCAACCUAGAACAUUGUAAAGCCAGAAUACCUCAUUUUGACAGUUAAAACAUUUAAACAGAUAUGAUGACAUGAUGUGAUUUCUUGUAUUUGAUUUGAACUACAUAAAUAGACUUCAACCUAAUAAUAAAUAUAAAACUUUGGCAAGCA